CUUCCCAGAAUGCCGCGUUCCGGAAGUUGCUGCUUUCCAGGAGCCUUUCGGGCUUCGCUUCUGUCGCUCUCAAAUCGUCACCCAGAGGAAGUCGGAGGUGACCGUCUAGCUCAAAGGCACACGGGGAGAUGCAGUUAUGGGCGCUGUUGCCGUGGAUUGUUAUUUUGUGUCAAUAAGUAAUCCGUAAAGUGCCAACAUGGGAAAGAAACGGACAAAGGGAAAAACUGUUGCAACUGAUGAUUCUUCUGAAUCUUUAGAACCUGUGUGUGGACAUAUUAAAAAAGGAUUGGAACAAGGUAGUUUGAAAAAGGCUUUAGUGAAUGUGGAAUGGAAUAUUUGCCAAGAUUGUAAAACAGACAAUAAAGUAAAAGAUAAAGCUGAAGAAGAAAGCGAAGACAGUCCUUCAGUCUGGCUGUGUCUUAAGUGCGGCCAUCAGGGCUGUGGCAGAGAUUCUCAGGAGCAACAUGCCCUGAAGCACUACUUGACGCCAAGAUCUGAAUCUCAUUGUCUGGUUCUUAAUUUGGACAACUGGAGUGUAUGGUGUUACUUAUGUGAUGAAGAGGUACAAUAUUGUAGUACCAGUCAACUGGGUCAGGUGGUUGAUUAUGUUAGAAAACAAUCCAGUAUUACAGCUUCAAAACCAGCAAAAGAUAAUGGAAACAUUGAACUUGAAAACAAAAAAUUAGAAAAGGAGAGUAAAAAUGAACAAGAAAGAGAAAAAAAGGAAAACAUGACUAAAGAGAACCCUUCCAUGAAUUCUGGUGCUCAGAUCACUGUGAAAGGACUCAGUAAUUUGGGGAAUACAUGCUUCUUUAAUGCCGUUAUGCAGAAUUUGUCACAAACACCAGUACUUAGAGAACUAUUGAAAGAAGUAAAAAUGUCUGGAACAAUUGUAAAAAUUGAACCACCUGAUUUGGCACUAACGGAACCCUUAGAAAUAAAUCUUGAGCCUCCCGGCCCUCUUACUUUAGCCAUGAGCCAGUUUCUUAAUGAGAUGCAAGAGACCAAAAAGGGAAUUGUUACUCCUAAAGAACUCUUUUCUCAGGUCUGUAAAAAAGCAGCGCGAUUUAAAGGAUAUCAGCAGCAAGACAGCCAGGAGCUGCUUCGUUAUUUAUUAGAUGGGAUGAGAGCAGAAGAACACCAAAGAGUGAGUAGAGGAAUUCUUAAAGCAUUUGGUAAUUCUACUGAAAAAUUGGAAGAAGAACUAAAAAAUAAAGUUAAAGAUUAUGAAAAGAAAAAAUCAGUGCCAAGUUUUGUGGACCGCAUCUUUGGUGGCGAGCUCACUAGUACAAUCAUGUGUGAUGAGUGCAGAACCGUCUCCUUGGUUCAUGAAUCUUUCCUUGAUUUGUCUCUUCCAGUUUUAGAUCAUCAGAGUGGUAAGAAAAGUAUAAAUGACAAAAAUCUGAAAAAGACAAUGGAGAAUGAAGAUCAAGACAGUGAGGAAGAAAAUGACAAUGACAGUUACAUGAAAGAGAGGAAUGAUAUUCCUUCAGGAACAAGUAAACAUUUACAGAAAAAAGCAAAGAAGCAAGCCAAAAAGCAAGCCAAGAACCAACGAAGGCAAAAAAAAUUUCAAGGGAAAGUUUUUCAUUUAAAUGAUAUCUGUGCCAUUGACCAUCCUGAAGAUAAUGAACACGAAGGGGAAGGGCAUCUCCAAGAAGAAGUGGAUGUUAAAUUCAACCAUAUUUCAGAAGAGGAAGUGAUGCAUAAACAAUAUUGUGUUAGUUCAAAAGAUUUGAAUGAGCAGGAGAAAAUACUAGAAAGUGUAGCUGACAAUGAGAAAGCCAUGGAGGAAGCAAAUGAGGAAAAUGUUAGCAUGGAUAAUAAUCUGGAGGUGUUGGCAUCUUCUCCCCCAGAAUGCCCUAGGAACGUAAAUGGUUCCUACCUGAUGGAAGAAAGCAAUGGAGAAGUGGACAUCUCUAGUAGUUUCAAAAACCUUAACUUGAAUGCUGUUCUUCAGCCUGAUGAAAUAAAUAUAGAGAUUCUGAAUGACAGCCAUACAUCUGGGAUUCCAGUAUAUGAGAUUAUAAAUGAAGAUCCAGAAACUGCUUUCUGUACUCUCGCAAAUAGGGAAGCUUUCAGUACCGAUGAAUGUUCAAUCCAACAUUGCUUAUAUCAAUUUACCCGAAAUGAGAAACUUCGAGAUGCAAAUAAACUGCUUUGUGAAGUAUGUACCCGGAGGCAGUACAGUGAACCAAAGGCAACUAUGAAAGGUGAAAGGAAACAUGUUUACACCGAUGCCAAAAAGCAGAUGCUGAUUUCUCUUGUUCCUCCUGUUCUCACUCUCCAUUUAAAGAGAUUUCAACAGGCUGGUUUUAAUCUACGCAAAGUUAACAAACACAUCAAAUUCCCAGAGAUCUUAGAUCUGGCUCCUUUUUGUACCCUUAAAUGUAAGAAUGUUGCUGAGGAAAAUACAAGGGUGCUGUAUUCCUUAUAUGGAGUCGUUGAGCACAGUGGGACUAUGAGGUCAGGGCAUUAUACAGCCUAUGCCAAGGCCAGAACUGCAAACAGUCAUCUCUCUAAGCUUGUCCUUCAUGGUGACAUUCCACAAGAUUGUGAAAUGGAAUCAACCAAAGGGCAGUGGUUUCACAUCAGUGACACGCACGUGCAAGCUGUGCCUACAGCUAAAGUACUAAAUUCACAAGCUUACCUCCUAUUUUAUGAGAGAAUACUGUAAGUUUCCAAAAAACCUCCUCUGGAAACGUUCGUCCAUGGCUUUCUAUAAUGGCUAUCUUAAUAAAGAAGACUUACUAUAAAUCAUGUCACUUAAAAAUACAUGUCAAAUGAAAUCAUGUAUAUUGAACUACUAGCAAGAGGGAAAACACCUGAAAAUUUGCAAUGGCUUUGUAUCACCAUAGUGAUUUUUAUUCCCUUUCCCAGCUUCUGGAAAAGACUGACCUCUGUGUUUGUUUGGAUGUUGGGGUACCUCACAUCAAUAAACUGACUUAUCCCCCAA